UUUACACAUGUAUUUAGUCCCAAUCUAUUCUUGACCAGGAGCAGAGCUAAACCUUGCUAUGCAUUACAAUCCACAUCCUUACCAGACGGAGCAUCGUCUUUACUCCUUCUCCAAACUAGAAGAUUGUAAGGAGCGGGUUCCUCUUGAAGAUUUAAACGACAGAAAACCAUGGAGUCAUCACGCCAAUAAACAAUCGUAUCAAACUCCACCUUCAACUCUAUCCGUGACACCUCCCGCAGAGCUGGAGGCGUAUCCGUCCUCGGUUUAUCCUUCCCAACCUCCUCCCCUUUCUCCUCCGACUAGCCCCUCUCCAGAUGGCUCCGGAUAUCCCUCGCCCUACCCACCCUGGUGGAACUACUGGUCCGGAUACCCUCAUCAGUAUCCACCCAACUUCUGGCAACCUGGAGCUAAACCUUCUUCAUAUUCUCCUCCGCCAAUCCCUGCUCCGAUACCAACCGCAGGACAUGAUGCUCAGAUUGCUGCUGCACUGCUUAAACACACCCAGAGCAUGGUUGCGCGACGCUGCAGAAAAUGUAAAUGUCCGAACUGUGAGGACGGGUCGGUUGCAGGACACGGAGAAAAGAAGAGACAGCAUAUCUGUCAUGUUCCAGGGUGCGGGAAGAUCUACGGGAAAACGUCCCACCUGAAAGCGCAUCUGAGAUGGCAUGCCGGAGACAGACCUUUUGUUUGCAGUUGGAUGUUCUGCAACAAAUCGUUUACCAGGUCGGAUGAACUUCAGAGACACCUGAGAACACAUACCGGAGAAAAGAGAUUUGCCUGCAUUGAAUGUGGUAAGCGGUUUACAAGAUCUGAUCAUCUGAAUAAACACUUAAAGACUCAUGAACACAAGAAGCUUGAGUUUAUGAAGCCAAAUCCUGAAGACAAAAUGGAGGCUGCAGACCUAGAGAAUAUUCCUAAUAAUGGAGAAUGGAGACAACCUGUUCAGUUCAAUUCUAGAAUAGUGUAGUUCCAGACAAUUCUCUACAUAAUGAAAGAACAAAGCAAUAGUCAAAAUUUAAACCCGGGGUUAACCCACUCAACAGAUCACUGUGAUACGAUUAAAUAAUAUUUUUAUUUAAUUACCUGAUAUGGCAUUAGAUAUCUUGUAAAUAUAUGUACCAAAGUAAACUAAUUAAAUAAUAUUUUUAUUUAAUUACCUGAUAUGACAUUAGAUAUCUUGUGAAUAUAUGGACCAAAGUAAACUAAUUAAAUUUA